GGGAGCCCGAAACGCCCUCCGAAAACUUGUUUGGUUGCCUUCACGUAAACUCGGAAAACAUUCAGAUUUCCAAGAGCUCGACUUCUGGUAAGACGACAAUCAAGAACGUAUUGAAUGAAUGGCAAACUUGAAUAAUUCGGUCUCUGAUGCCAAUCUGAAAAUCAAAUGACAUCCACUGGCUUUCGGAACUUCUGACAAAUCGCGGCCGGUUUCGAAAUGACCCUGAAGGCAGCAGAACAAGUGAGCAGGUAGCGGCUGUAAAUGAGAUCCCCCUGCGGAGUGCGGAGAGGGGGAGCGUCACACGGACACGGGAGGGGAGAUCAGUCGGCCGUGCGCGUGUGUCAACCGUGCACGCAGUCUCUCAAGUUGACCGACUUCACAUGAGGAUCACAUGGAGUUUAGACCACUCGUGUUCCGCACACCGUGGCGUUUGUGGCCGCCGAUGACCCACCUCGGAAGAACGGAUCUGGUUUCGUAGAAGUCACUAGAAAGCUGGAGUCGCAUUGGGAAUAACUUUCAACGGGAGGAAGGAAGCAAGGGAGCCAACGGAGGGAGUUUACGCCAGCGGUGGCCGCCGUAAUUCAAUCCGUUCGGGAAAUAGUACGUUCGCACCGUUGAGGUUGUAAACAUGUUACUUAACAGUUGGGAUCGUCUGUGAUCUGGCCGCCUCGGCUCGGGCAACCUGGAUCGCUCGCCUUUGAAGUUCAACUUGUCUCUUCCGCGUGUGUGUGAGUGUGUGUCUGUGUGUGUGCGCGCGUGCGGGUUGAAAAAUGUGGCGCCCUUAGGGACUCGCUAUCUCGCAACGCCGCUUGUCAACUCCCUCCGCGCUCUUUGUGAAGGUGCAGCGAGUUGCUUUGUCGAUUAUUAUGAUCAUCCGUUCUAAAUCGGCGGUACACUUGGUUAAGAAGUCGAGUUAAAUGACGUUCGACAAGUGCCUGGAAAGGAGCACGUGCGGAGAUUUAUUCCCGGACGGACUUGUUCGGUGUUUGAAUUUCAACUCCACUAAAAGUGCUUCGAGAUGGGAAUAUGUGGUCGGAUGCACUCGUGAAUACUAAGGAUCGGGACGAUCGCGUAUGAGUUUGGAUUGCGUUGCCUGAAGAAGUCCACGGAGAAGGAGGAGAGCGGACGAUCGAAAGAUUCCCAAGUGUUUUCCUGCUGCCUGCUUUGAAGUCCACCAUGUGCGGCAGGGCUCCGCCGCUACAGCCGAGGCCAUGAGCGUCCCCCCGUGGCGCCUGGCCGGGCUCUGGCCGUGGCUGCUCAUGGCCGCCCUGCAGGUGGUGCUGGGCCAGCCGGGCCCGGAGUCCGAGCGGCCGGCCCUGCGAGCGCUCAUCAAGGUGACGCUGCUCAAACCCGAGCCGGCGGGGAUCUCCAUCACUCUGGAGGGGGUGUUCGUGGGGAGCAGCGCCGGCUCUGCCGCGGGGAAACUCAUACAGUAUCACCCUCUGUCACUGUGCAACACAAGUGAAGAUGACCAGCUAGAGAACGAUGUCAUCGCCGUGGUCAAACUGGAGCAGAGAGUUCCCCGCUGUCUGCCGUUGCUGGAAAAGGCUCACAUGGCACUGCACAAGGGAGCGCGGGCGGUUAUUUUCGAUGUCAGCGAUGAUGUCAGCGAUGAUGUCAUUGCGGCUGCUGAGUUUAGAGAAACAGACUCCCUUACCCGCCCAGUCGUGUUAGUGAAGAAUGCUGUGGAUGCAGAGGAGUUGAUGGCUCUGGUCAACAAGAAUGAAGAGGCCGAAGUUCGCAUCGAAAAAUUUGUAGAAAAGCCCACAUGGCCACAUUAUGAUGUGGGUAUCCUGCUCACCAUUGUCUUGGCCGUCUUAAUGAUCAUCCUCAUCUUUGCUUUCCGCUACAAGUGCAAGACCAACAGAACCUGGGACUCGGUGCAUCAACAAACAAUACGGGCCAUCAGUCGAUUAGAGACCAAAACCUACAUCUCUCAGGGUUGUGCAGGCUCGCAGCGCCCCCGUGGGGCUUGGGGUUCAGCUAGCAGCUCCAACUCCACCCCGGUAUGUGCUAUCUGCCUGGAGGAGUUUCAGGAUGGCCAGCAUCUGAGGAUCAUCUCCUGUGCUCAUGAGUUUCAUAAAGAUUGUGUCGAUCCAUGGCUGCUGCAGAAUCGCACCUGUCCUCUGUGCAUGCAUAACAUCAUGGGGGUAGAGAGGCACGGCCAGAGGGGCAGACUACAAUCCAGUCCAGAACAACGUUUUCUCCACCCUCCGCCUUACAGCAGUCCACGAAACCGCCCGUUCCCCCAGCAUGAGAUCCCUUUCUCUAUGAGGCCGCACUAUCCCCGUGGACCCUCAGGCUCGUAUCCCUCUGUUGCCCACUACAACAGCUCUUCUCCCAUGGACGGCCAAACGUUACAUUUGCUCACCAGCAGGCCUCAUGGUGCCCCCUGUGGUUACCACCUACCAUCAGACAGUCACAGAAGACCCCACAGGACGCGCGGUAACUGCAGGACUUCUCACCACUACACGCCACGUCGGUCCUGUCACAACUAUCGCUCGUCUUGUUCGGCUCAGCGCAACGCCUCCAAUCCCAGGGCGCACCACAUCACUUCUGCCGCCCCGCAGCUCCGCGGAAUGGCGAUUGGCCGGCUGGAUGAGGGCAGCUGUUCCGGCGCCAGCUACCUCACGGAUCGCAGUGGCUAUUUAGCCGACGGUCCGGCGAGCGACUCCAGCUCGGGGCCUUGCCACGGCUCCUCCAGCGAUUCGGUUCUCAACUGCACCGACGUGUCCCUGCAAGGAGUUUACGACAGCUGGUCCACUUUCCGCAGCUCGCUGAGCAGCGAUUACGACCCCUUCGUAUAUCACGGGCCGGGCUCCGUGGAGGCGGAAGCCCAGGCCCGGCCCAGGUCUCUGGAUUCUGUAGUGAACAAAGUGGGCUGCCAUGAGGAUCCACCUCAAACUGUGUUCAGCCACAUCCACUACCACCGCCACAGACACCACCACUAUGAGGACGGGGAGCACGGCCAGGGCCCGAGCAGAGGUUCCGAUGAGGAGCAGGGCUCCGCUGCGGAAGCAGCCCCUCCUGCACUGCUCUCUGAUAAAGACUCGCCCGAUCACUGCCAGUGCCAAAAAAGCGACUGUUCCCACCUGCCCAAAUCUGGGAUGGAUGCUCGGGAUCAGGACUCGAGCAAGUCUUCGGGACCCUCUAUCCUGGUGUCCUCCAUCCCUUUACAUCUCCAAACCCACUGCUGCCACCAGGGACGCACUCCCAGCGCUCCGGGACGGGGCUGCAUGCAAACCCCCCCUUCCGUUCGUUUCCACCAGAGCUUGGACCUUCAGGACGAUCGGAGUGUCCGCGUCCACUUCAGCCAAGGCUCGGGCUUCUGCUGCUCUCCCCCCGAACUACACCCCGCCCUCCUUCCCGUACCUCUAAUUCUGGACUCGGGAAGUAUAGACGAUUGGCCCUGCUGUGCUGGAGCCCAUCUCGUGUGGCAGAAGCGGGUACAGGAGGCCCACUCUGAGCCUCAGCUUCUGGGGACUCGGACCUCUAUUGAGAGGCCCCCGUGCCGGUUCCACCACGGCCUCACCGCAGACCGCAACACAGACAUUUGUUUAUACUGCCCUAAAAUAUACCACAAUCAGGGAUCUGAAGAAGAGUCUGGUGUUUGAGAACUUGUUUCCCUAAUAUGACGCUGCUACACAGGAGCCACAAUGGAUGAUCCUUUUAGUUGCUUGUGCUCUCGUCUGCUGCCACAAAGUCACUCUGCUUUGCCAAGAUACAGGAUUUACAUUACCAUCCCUUGCCAGAAUGUACCAUUAAUAUCAUUUUGUCGUCAUGUCAUUCUGGGUCAAAUCCCUGGAAAAAAUAAGCCACCAACACUCAUUCAAGUGCUUUACAUGACAAUCAGGAGUUGACGUGGAAACACCACAAAGGGUCUUUUCGGUCUGGUUGUCGACCCUCAUGAAGUCGGACUCCACGUGCGCGUGCCUGUUUUCUUUCAGAACAUCUUGUUUGCUCACCGCGGUACCUUCGUUCACUUGCGUGACCUUCAUCUUCUUUGUCACUGAGUCAAGCCUCAGCUGAUGAAACGUCUCUCUCUAAGCCUACCUCAGAUUUUGUCUUGCCUCAUACACAGGGUUUUUCUUUCAAGGUACUGCUGUAGAUUUUUGGGUUUAAAUUUUUAUCAGAUCCAAGUAGCUUCCACCACCUAAAAAAUGUCAUGUUGCUAGUCUAACGUAGGAAAAGCUUAUUUCGGUGACAGUUCACUGAGGUUGCUGAGCCUUCCAUUGGCUUCAUUUUUGAUAGCAUACCUUAGUAAUGGCAGCUCCUUUCAUUUUUUGUUUUUGUUUCUUUUUUGUACAAUGUUUUGUUUUCAAAAUGACUGAAUAGGGCUGGGCGAUAUGACCUAAAAAUAAAAUCAAGGCGACGAACAAAAGACCGAGAAAGGACAAAACAAGUUUAACACUGCCCUGCCUUUGACGGCGUUAGAUGGCUAAUUCAUUUUUGACUGGAAGGGGUGAAUGAACAAAUGUUUGAAUGUCAAUUCCUUCCUUCACCCCUCCCAGUCAAAAUGGGAUGCGCUUUCACAGGCAGACUUCCCAGUAUAAAUGAAUUGGAUUUCUAUUGUUCUUAAUGGCAGGCAAUGAAUUAAAUAUUAUGAAAUUGAAAAGUUGAAAUUGAAAAUAAUAUUUCAGAGGGUUUUGUCUAUGAACAUGUUUAUUUAUUUAUAAUUUUAUUCAUAAAAAAUGUAUAAAAACAAAUAGUGAUAAUUUUUAAAAUAAAAAAUGAAAUUAUAACAGAUCUGACAUCCACAUAUAUGUACAUCACUUCAGAGGUGGGUAGAGCAGCCAAAAAAUUUACUCAAGUAAGAGUAGCGUUACUUAAAAAUGAUAUUACUCGAAAAAAGUAAGAGUAGUUGUCCAAAAAAUUUACACAAGUACACGUAAAAAGUAUUUGGUGAAAAGAAUACUCAAGUAAUGAGUAACAUUAUGAGAAACUGCUUAUAUUUUUGUUGAUUUUUUUCUUUAAACAAUGUUUUUUUUUUUUUUUCCUGAGCACAAAAUUAUCUAUACAAACUAUUGUUAUAAUAAUAAUGAACAAUAACCCAUUACAUAACCACAUUUAGACAAAGAAAUUAGGGCUGUCAAACGAUUAAAAUUUUUAAUCGAGUUAAUUACAGCUUAAAAAUUAAUUAAUCGUAAUUAAUCGCAAUUCAAACCAUCUAUAAAAUAUGCCAUAUUUUUCUGUGAAUUAUAUAUAUAUUCUGUAAAAUAAAUUGUUGCAAUGGAAAGAUAAGACACAAGAUGGAUAUAUACAUUCAACAUACGAUACAUAAGGACUGUAGUGGGCAUUUCACUGUACUGUCAUUUAAAUCUGGCUAUGCUGUCCUCACUCCGAAGCGUCUACUUUUUCCAAAGCUAGACAGCUAGUGAACGACGCCUUAAUAAUCAGACUUCUUCCUUUUUCAUCUGAUUUAUUAAUAAAAUGGCCUCAAACCAUUGUCCUCUUUAGACCGUUUACGUAAAACUACAAAAAAAAAAGUAAACAAGCAUUGCAUUAGCAACAACGUUAGCUUAGCACGCUAUACAGGUUGACUGAACAUAAACAAAAAGCGUCUCAUACAAAAAAUAUAACAUUUCGCUUAUUAACAUAAUAUGUACAUUCUUUACAACAACCAUACUUACGGACAAAUCUUUUCCAAGGAUCAUAUAAGCACAACAGAGACGUCGUGCAGCCAUAUUGAACUGGCAAGAAAAAAAUAAACCAUGUCGCAAAGCGACCACAAGAGUUCGCUGUUAGACAGCACAAAACGCCUUGCUGUAAAACUUACCAAAAUACUGUCUGAGAGGGACAUGUGCGUUAAUUGCGUCAAAUAUUUUAACGUGAUUAAUUUUAAAAAAUUAAUUACCACGCAUUAACACGUUAAUUUUGACAGCCCUAAAAGAAAUACAAAAAAAAAAAAAAAAUCAUUGAAUUCUGUCGAGAGAAAAAAAAAUUACAUUAAUGAACCACUAUUUGUCCAAAGCGCAUGAGUGCCCUCUGGUGAAGAAAAUAGUUCCUAGUUUGUAUCGUGAAGAGUUUCUUCAUAAUUACUAUUUUGAAUUUAAAAGGAUCAUAUCUCCGGUUUUCUGUGGUCAGUCGAUGCCAAAUAAAAACUGGGAGAGAGGUUAAAAUAUGCACUUUCGAGUCAUGUUGAUUGCAGCGCUCCUAAUCAAAUACUUCAUUUUUUAUGGUGCUUUAAAGACACCAUGUGAAUGAACAGGCUGGCGUGAAGAUAGAACGGCAAGCUUGGGUUUGACUGGUAAAAUGGAGUCAUGUGAUUAUUGUUGCGACAUCUCAUUGGUGAAAUUGGUAGAGCUACUUUUAGCAUCGCUGGCUAAAAAAUAAUGAAUCUAAUAUGUAGAAUGAAGAGGAAAGAUGUAACGACUCUUUUGUAGCCCAAAGUAGCGGAGUAAGAGUAGCGUUUUUUCGUCACAAAUCUUCUCAAUUAAAACAUAUACCUUGGUAAAACUACUCUUAGAAGUACAUUUAAAAGUUACUCAAGUAAAUGUAACGGACCUCUCACCUCUGCAUCACUUGUAUAAAAAAUGCUAACAUUGUGGCCUACAUGGCCCAAAAAUGUGUUGUCCAAAUAUGUGGAUGGCAGGUCUGUAAGGGGUUAAGAUUUAUUUAAAUAACCAAAAAUACUUUCAGUAAAAAAAAAAAAAAAAAGUUACAUGUUGAACUAAAGUAAUGUAAAUAAAUUGCAAACUUUCUGCCUUAAAAUUCUUUCUCUCCCACUAUUUUUGUUGUCAAGCCCCAAAUACAAAGUCAUAACUUGACGAAGAAAACAAUUACUAUUCUUGUGGAGUAAUAUAUUUAAGUGGUUGCGAGACUUCUUUUUUGGCAAAAAUCAACAACAAAAACUCAAUUAUUUUUUUAAUCAUCCACAAUAAAACAAACUGAUGAUGAACAAAUGAUUUAUCGCCCAGGCCUAUGACUGAAUUGUGUUGCCCCAUUAGCACUAUGCUUUAGAGGGAUGACAUUUUUUCCAUCUUUUGUGCUCAGCCCAUCCUUUCCAACGACGGAAACUACUCAAAAUCAUUCAUUGGAACUGUUGAAAUAAUCCGGUGCCUUUAUGAAAAAUGUCAUACAAGUGAAAUACUGCCUUAGCUGCCACGAGCUGUUCAAAUGACAUCAUCUUGUCAUUAGGGGAGAACUCUGAGGAUCAUCUUAGGAAUUGCUAAACAUUGGCAACUAUUUAAAAAAUUUGGUCCACCCUUAAAAUAAAUUACACAAGAAAUAAAUAUUUUGGUAUAUAUACAUUUUGAUACCCUGAAAUGUGUGUUUUCUACUCUAAAAUCAAAAUUUCUGCAACUUCAAACGUUUCAAAUUUGCUCUCUGCCUAUUUUAACCACUCAACACUUGACCUUUGCACAUACAGCUGAACCUCACCAAGAACAAAUUUUCCAGUAGUUUUUGUCCCGACUCACCUUACUUACUUUACUUUGAUAAAGGGCAGUCCAACUGCAGAUACACUUUUUGUGCCAUUCGUUAAAGCCCCUGGGCAUUGCAAUGUUACUUGUAGCACUUACUCAAUCCUCACUUGUGCCUUAUGCGUUCACAAGCCACAUUGUAAAUGUUUUCCGCAUGAUGCAGCCAACCACGGAGUGAAAAUCUUGAAAACGGUGCCUUUGUAGAAAUGUUUCCUUUUCUUUCUUACCAACAUCCUUUCAUCAAUUGGAUUACUUUCUCUUUCAUUGCCGUCAAAGACGAUAGACGUCCGGUCUUGUGGAUGAGUUUAUCACGAUUAGACGUCCGAUCCAUUUAAAGUCGGAAGGUUUCAUUCGCUGCUGCCUUCUCACUUAAAUAGAUCAGAUGUGUAUGUAUAUGUCAAUGGUAGCCCUGGAGUUAAGAAUCAGGGCGUCUUUUUUUCUUCUUCUUCUUUUUUUGUCGAUGGCCGUGACUGAAUUGAAAGUAGCACUUUGGGUGAAGCACAUAUAGACAGAAUUCAGUAAAAAAAAAGAAAAAAAACUACUUCUUUAAAAAAAUAAAUAAAUAAAAAUAAAAAGUGUUUGAAACAAGCCCAAAAGGCAGAGCACACAAAUAAAAGCAUUUUGCAUAUCAAUGAUUUUGAACACUUCUGUUUGUGUAUGUUUUGCAAGAAUUUUAAGCUUAAACUGCCUUAUCUUUUAAGAGUGCAAAAAAAAAAAAAAAAAAAUCUCCAGAACACCAAGGGAUGUCAGUAUAUUUUAGAUACUUGUGUACAAAGAGAGUACAACAAAACAAAUAGUGUUGUAUUUUAUAUAUAUAAUAGAACAUUUCAAUAUAGUGACAUGUCACUAAUAUAUUUAUUUACUAAUAUAUUUAUCCAUUUUGUCCAGGUUUGAAAGGGUGGUUUCUGUAUAGGCCAAUUUUUUUUUUUUUUCUGUAUGGAAGCUAACCAGUGCCAUCACAAAUGUAUCAACCUGUCAUUCCUUCAUUCCAAUUAUAUGCAAAUAAAUUAUUUUGAAAUAAAUUUUACGUCUGUGUUUUCCUGCCUGACAUUAUAUUUCAUGGUAAAAAUUUUAAACUGUGAUUAAUCACAUGGUCAUACAAACAAAGCCGUAAUAAGUUGAAAGGUAUGCAGUCAAAGGUUUUUUGAUACAUUGUCUCACAACUUUUGACUACAGGUAUAGACAAUACAGUAGUAAUAGUCAUACGCAAACCUGCCCUUACUUC